CCCUGGCUCAGCCCAGAUCCUGGAGAGGGGGUGGAGACUGGCCCCGUGCCUUUUCUUCCUCUCCCCGCCCAGGCAGCAGGGUGGAGCGGGAUGCAGGCCCGUCAGUAGCCUGGAAAGCAAUCCAGGCAGCCUCUGACUGUAACUGCCAAGGUGGCGGGCACCUCAGCUCAGGAAGAAGGCUCGAGUCUGCAGGAGGGACGGGAGUCCAAGGUGUGGAGAGGAUCGAUCGGCCCAUCUGGCCCAGGCCUUUGAACUGGCAAAACCCUCCAGCCAUGUCCAUCUCGGUCCCCAUGCUGUUCUUCGUCCUGCUCCUGGCAGAUGGGACUAGUGCCUUCCGGAUCUGCGCCUUCAAUGCUCAGCGGUUGACAGUCACCAAGGUGGCGAAGGUCCGCAUCAUGGACUCUCUGGUUAGGAUCCUGGCUCGAUGUGACAUCACGGUGUUGCAGGAGGUGGUGGACACCUCAGGCGAUGCUAUUCCUUUGCUGCUCAGGGACCUCAACAGGUUUGAUGACUCUGGCCCCUAUAGCUUCCUGAGUAGUCCUCUGUUGGGCCGCAGCACCUACAUGGAGAAAUAUGUUUAUGUGUACCGGUCACACAAGACCCAGGUCCUGGGUUCUUAUGUGUACGAUGACAAGUCGGACAUCUUUGCCCGAGAGCCGUUUGUGGCCCAGUUCAGCCUGCCCAGCAAAGUGCUCCCCAAGCUGGCCUUGGUGCCAUUGCACACAACGCCCAAGGAUGUGGCCACGGAGCUGGACGCCCUCUAUAGGGUCUUCCUCAACGUCUCCCAGCACUGGCAGAGUGAGGAUGUGAUGCUCCUCGGGGACUUCAACGCAGACUGCUCAUCGCUGUCCAAGAAACGUCAAGGGGAGCUGGUUCUGAGGACCAAGCCAGGCUUCCUUUGGGUGAUCCAGGAUGGGGAGGACACCACUGUGAGAGACAGCACCCACUGCACCUAUGACCGGAUCGUCAUUCACGGAGAGCGCUGCCAAGGUCUGGUGAAGUGGGCUGCUGCCUUCAACUUCCCACGGAGUUUCCAGCUGACUGAGACGGAGGCUCUGAACAUCAGUGACCACUACCCUGUGGAGGUAGAGCUGAACGGGUCCCCGGGUUGGCCCUUGGUUUACAGCCCCGUCAUCCUUGCUCUGCCGCUGCUGCUUAUUGGAUUGUCGUGAAAACCUGGGCCUUUGAGGCCCUGUCCGGGAUCGCCCUCUCUCCCUUCUCUGGCACCUUCUCCAUAACCCCAUCAGCAGGCAGCAGAGUGCUGUUUUCUUGAUUCCCUCAGAGCCAGGGCCCAGCCUCGUCCUGCCCUUCUUCUCGGACCCUCUUGGGCACCUUGCCUUCUGCUCUCAUCCCUCGGGGUCCAGGAUUUAUUCAUUCCUGCCCCUGCGAGUUGGGGGGCUGGUGGAGAGGCAGCUCGGAGACAUCUCCUGCGUUUGGGGUCAUUCUUUCCUCCAUGAGAUGGAACCGAUUGGCCUUGGGGGGCUGCCCCACCCUCUUGGAUCCCUUCCUCAGAGCUGGGCCUUGGGGAGUAGAGGCUGUGGUAUGAGAGUUACCCACUCCUCCUGGCUUUGGCUUCCCCGCUGGGGGUUGGUGGGGCCCAACGCUAGGCCAUGAGCAACCAAGAGCUUUGGGGGACUCUGGGAGGGGGUUGCCUGAAGGCUUCCGGCCUCCAAUAAACCAAGUCUUCAGUGGCU